UAAUGAUGAAAUGAAUUACGAGUUUCUAUACUCUUCCGGAUCAACGCCGUUCGUUCCAUCGAUGCAAUUCGAUGAAUCUAGCGAAUUUAACGAAUUUUUUUCUCCUCCAAAUACCAACGCAUUCAUCCCAGAGACCUCAUCGUUAUUGUUUGAAAAUGUGAACAAUAAUUAUGGUUUAUCGAUUCCGAAUACCGUUGACUGGGCGGAGUGGUCCAAUUGGACUGAAUAUAUAAUGAAAUUGCAAGCUUCCAACAUGUAG